UAUGUGGACUUUGCUGAAGAUGACCAUUUUGGAUAUCUUGCUCUUCAGCUUUGUGAGUACACACUGGAGGAAUAUAUCCAAGAGCAUUUACCAGAUGAUAACGCUGAGAGAAGUUUGGUUCUGAAGAAGCUGGUGAAGGAAGUUCUCUGCAGCUUACAGGUUUUACACCAACCACAGACCAAAGUGCUUCAUCGGGACAUCAAACCCCAGAAUGUUCUGAUUGACAUAAAAGGAAAGGCUAAAUUGGCUGAUUUUGGCAUAAGUCGCCGACUGAAACAGGGUGAAACCACCAUACGAACAAGAAUUGCUGGAACUAGAUGCUGGAAGGCAAAGGAGACCAUAAAGGAGAAGGUCAACACUGGGUACAAGAGGAGCUCUGACAUUCAGGUUGCUGGGAUGUUAGUGUACUACAUUCUCUCUGGAGGACACCAUCCAUUUGGUGAAGAUGUGGAUUGCGAGUACAAAAUUUUACAAGGAAGAUACUCACUGGAACAUCUGGAUGAUGAUGUAGCGAAAGAUCUCGUUGAGUGGAUGAUCAAUGAAAAUCCAGAAGAGAGACCAACUGUGAAGCAGACCCUUGCACACCCAUUCUUCUGGACUGAUGAAAGGAGAGUGCGGUAUCUGAAAAUUUUGGGAAAUGAGAAAGAGGCUGAAAAUAAUCGUAAUGCGGAUAUGGAGCUCCUUGAUGCCAUUGCAAAAUACACAGAAGGGAAAAGCUUUUCUGAAUGGAAAACUAAAUUGCCCUCUGAGCUUGUCCAGAAACUAGAUGGUAAGAAGAAACCCUAUCCUGAGAACACACUGGGCCUGCUGCGUUUCAUACGCAACCUACACGAGCAUUAUCCAGAUGAUGCAGAGAGCAUCAACCUGAUGGAUUCAUUCCCUGAUCUCUUUGGGAGUGUGUUCAAAUUUGCAAAGGAGAGAGGAUGGAACUCCAGGGCGAGUCUGAAAAAGUUCUUCAGCUCAGUUCCAUAUAUUUGAUUGUUGUUAUUUUUGGUUACAGUAUGUACAUUGAUUUUGCAUCAUGAAUGUAUUUCAUGAAUGAGUUUAAAUGUAGGGACAGAUGGAAUAUGAGCUAAGAUCCAUUGUUUUGGGGGAAGUGAGGUCCUGACAACUAAAAAACAUUAACUGUUAAAGAGGCACAAUAUAAAAAACCAAGAGUCAGUAGUACAUUUGAAAACAGGGCAAUUUCAGUUCUUGCUUUAUCUUGUGGAAAUAUGUAAAUAUCUGUUACAGGGUGGGGAAGGAGGAAUAAAGGGGAAAAACAUACUAAUAGACUUCCCCCUCUUCUUGUUGUAUUUGUUAUCUUGGUAUGUUCUGACUUAUUGUGUAAUAUGUCAGUCUGUAUAUAUAAAUUGUAAGUUUAUAAUUGCAAAAUUAAUAAAAAAAUAAUAAAAAAUAAUAAAAAUAAAUAAAUAAGUAAACUGUUCCUACAAACCACCUUCAAACUUUCUCUGUUGUUCUAUUCAGUUUUUCAUUUUCUUCAUUUUAUCUUUGGUAUCACUUUCAAUAGUCUAGUUUCUACAUUCUACUGUAACUAUAACAUUGCUACUAUGCCGUAUGGCCUGGUCAGUGCCCCUUCCGUAUUCCAGGAUUUCAUUCAUUAGGUGCUCCGGGAGUUCCUCCAUAAGUUCGUACUGGUCUACAUCGACAACAUCUUAAUUUACUCCCGGAGCCUGGCCGAACAUCGCCACCACGUUGCGGAGGUCCUCAAGCGUCUGAGACAAUUCCAUCUCUUCCUGAAGGCUGAAAAAUGUUCAUUCCACCAACCCUCCAUACACUUCCUCGGGUACAUCAUCGACCACAGUGGCAUCCGGAUGGACGAGGGGAAGGUGGAAGCCAUCAAGACCUGGCCAACUCCAUCAUCCAUCAAAGAACUCCAACGCUUCCUUGGUUUUGCAAAUUUCUACUGUCGAUUCAUCAAGAACUACCGCUCAUCCACUCACCAACCUGCUCCGUAACCAGCCCAAGUCUCUGUCCUGGACCCCAGCUGCCACCAACACCUUCAACACUCUCAGGGAAGCCUUCACCACCGCUCCCCUCCUCGUCCACCCCAAUCCAGAGCUGCCGUUUGUAGUGGAGGUGGACGCCUCCACCACAGGAGUGGGAGCGGUCCUGUCUCAGCAGCAGGGGACCCCAAGUAGACUCCAUCCAUGCGCC